CUUUUGAAAGGCGGUAGAUUUAGCCUUAUUCAAAAAAGUCGGGGGAUUCUUCGAACUCGACUCAGCCCCUGUCGGCCUAGAGCUAGUCAGCAGGGGGAUCGUCGCGCAAUUACCUAUUCCAUCUGGCAGAGCGCACGGCGUCCAAGACCGGAUAAACAGGGCCAACGUCAAAAAGUAAAUACUGGAUGGCUCAAAACCACUUGUCUUAUAGCUCGAUUCAUAUCCCCCUUUACUAAGUUUGUCCCUUCUUUCGACGUCCUACUGCCGGCGUCGCUGCCGUGGUCGACUAUGUCUGCCGUGAUGGUGCUUCUUGGCGGUCUUAAUGGAGAAAUACCAAAUCAUGUUAAGUUCGUCAACAUGUUCCGUUAAAGAGCUUCGUGCUUUAGGGGUUGGUGGUUAAAAAGGGGAGAGUGGCCUCUUUAUUCUGCUCGUUCAAAAUGGUGUUCGUGCCCUCGAUCGCGGCCACUCUAGCCGUGGCCUUGUUGUUAACCCCUAUGGCGGUUUUCGGACACCCGGGAGAGAAGUACGGAAAGCGAGAGGCGCUGGAGGAGAUGGGUAAUGCCCACGUCGUCAACAAGAUGAAUACGAGGGCCCUCGAGGCGUGUCAGAACUCGCCCGCGGUAAAAGCUCGCAAGGAGCGUGCUAUGGCUCGACGAGCAGAAAAGUUCGCACAGCUUCGUCGCGAUAAGGGUAUUGAACAGGCACCCUGGCUCCACCGCCGAGACGCCGCGGCAUUUAAGAAAUGGGCCGCCCUGUCGCACGACAAGACCGGGACAUCAGACUUCACCAAGGAGACUCCCAGCAAAGACGUCUUCGGCGCCAACACCAGCUGCGUGUUGACACCCAACAACGCCAACGGGCCGUACUUUGUGUACCAGGAACACAUCCGCACCAACGUAGUCGAGGACACGGUCGGCGUGCCCAUGCACCUCGAGCUGCAGUUCAUCGACGUGCAGACCUGCGAGCCGGCCGUCGGCGUGCUGAUCGACACGUGGUCGUGCAACGCGACGGGCGCAUACAGCGGCGUCAGCGCGAGAGGCGAGGGCGGGCUAGGCACCACGUACCUGCGAGGCGUGCAGCCGGUCGACGAGGACGGCGUCGUCAACUUCGACACCAUCUUCCCGGGCCACUACCAGGGGCGCGCCACGCACCAGCACUUGAUCGCCCACGUGGGCUCCGAGGUCCUGCCCAACGGCACGUACACCGGGGGCCGCGUCGCGCACCUAUCGCAGCUGUUCUUCGACCAGACGCUGCGCGAUGCCGUCGAGGCCACCGCGCCGUACAAUACCAACCGCAUCCCGCACACGAGCAACCUCGGGGACUGGUUUACCGGGUACGCCGCCACGUCCGAGUACGACCCGUUCCCGAAUUACGUCUCGCUGAGCAACAAGCUGGGAGACGGGCUGUUCGUCUGGGCCGAGCUCGGGCUGAACACUUCGUCGAACUGGGAUCAUUAUGCCCCGUACGCGUCGACUUGGAAGGAGGGCGGCGGGUAUGAUAAUCCUAACUUUGACUUCUGGGCUGUGGCUAGCCCGCCGCCGACGCAUGGUUAAGGCUGGUUGGCGAGAUGAUGGGUGGGGUGGAUAUCUCUAGGUUGGGGUUUGUCUAUUGUAUAAUACCAACAGAUAGGAUAUAUAUAUAUAUAUGUAUAUAUACCUAGAUAUCUUAGAGGCAAGAGGAGGGGGCGAGAAAUCCAAGAUUCCUUAUAAUAAAGCUCUUUAGAAUUCAUAACUCGAGCUUAGCUCAAGUUACCGAC